AGCCAUGGCCACUUCAGACGCCAUGCCUCGCCGGCCCAGGCUUUUUCAUCGUGCCGUGCCUUGCUUGCUGCUGUGCGCAGCCUGGCUGGUGGUGUUUGAUGCACUGCACCGUUUGAGCUUCGUGCAGGGCGUGGCUUUGCAUGGGACGAGGGCUGCUCAGAGGCAGGUGGCCCAGAGGUUCAGUCAGAAAGGUCAACAGGCUCGAGGGGAGCUCAAUGCAGAUGGCAAGGUGGAAGCCAGGAGGUUGACAUCAAGCAUCAAGAAAGCGUAUUCAGCUGUGAAGCUGAUUGAGGUUUUGGAUGGGGCAGUGGAUGGCCCGAUCUUCAACUUUUUCCAUGCGUCAGCUGCCUACACCCAGCUGGCAAGGUUGAAACGGAAAAGGGACCUGCAACAAAGGGAUUGGGAUAGCCCAGUGCUUCUCAGGUUGCACACCCGAGUUGAACACAUGAUGGGGGAAGACCAGCUGGAAGCGCGGGCUUUAGCCAAUGUGUUGUGGAGCAUUGCGCGGUGCGCUUGCGCAGAACCUGAAGUGGUGAAUGCUUCUGGUCAGCCUGCCCUUAGCACCGGUUUCCAAGAGUGCUCCUUCAGACGCAGCUGGGGAUCUGAGUGCAGGAGCGGCUGCUGGUUGCUGAGUAGCCUGUGA